GUCUGCGGUUGUAUUCUCGUGUGAGGUUAAGUUUAUGUGCCGAUGAUUGUGUAAUGAGGUUGUUUACAGGCGUUACAGGUGAUUCUAGCCAUCGUAUUCAUAGUCGUACGUUUGGGAAAAACAUAUAUGACAUUAAUCGCAAGAUCGUGUAGAUCUUGAUUUUACGAUUGAGUUUCGAAAAUGAGAAUCGCUGUGGAAGGUUGCGCUCAUGGCGAACUGGACAUUAUUUACGAGACUAUACAGGAAAUAGAAAAAAUCGAUGGAAGGAAGAUAGAUUUGCUUAUUUGCUGCGGCGAUUUUCAAGCUGCCAGAAAUUUAAAUGAUCUAAAAUGUAUGGCAAUAUCGGACAAGUACAAGGAUAUGUGUACAUUUUACAAAUAUUAUUCUGGUGAAAAGAAAGCUCCUAUAUUAACCAUUUUUAUUGGAGGCAAUCAUGAAGCAUCAAAUUAUCUGCAGGAAUUGCCAUAUGGAGGAUGGGUUGCACCUAAUAUUUAUUAUCUUGGAUACGCAGGUGUGAUACAAGUAGCUGGAAUCAGAAUUGCAGGACUUUCUGGUAUAUAUAAGAGUCGACAUUGGAUGCAGGGACAUUAUGAGAAGCCUCCCUACACUGAUAGUACUAUACGAAGUGUUUAUCAUAUCAGAAAUAUAGAAGUGUUUAGACUAAAACAACUUUCUGGCAAAAUUGAUAUUUUUUUAUCACAUGAUUGGCCAGCAGGAGUAACAAAAUAUGGAGAUGAAGAUAUAUUACUGAAACAAAAACCAUUUUUUAAGGAUGACAUAGAAAGCAAUACGCUUGGCAGUCCUCCAUGUAUGGAACUACUAGAACGUCUUUAUCCGUCCUACUGGUUCUCCGCGCAUUUGCAUUGCAAAUUUGCAGCACUUGUUCCUGAGAAGGGAGGAGCACGAGUGACAAAGUUUUUAGCGCUGGACAAAUGUCUGCCGAAACGGAAAUUUCUUCAAGUGCUGGAGGUGCGUUCACAGGAAGACGGUCCAAUACAAUUGAACUACGAUCUAGAAUGGUUGACAAUACUUCAUCUGACAAAUCAUCUGUUGAGCAUCAAGAGCAGUAUCCAUUAUAUGCCCGGUCAAUAUGGCGGCGGCAGAUGGACGUACACACCCACGGCAAAGGAGAAGCAGAUCGUGUAUGAGAAGUUUGGCUCCAAUCUACGAAUUCCUCUCAACUUCACUCGAACUGUCAAACCAUAUGAUCCGUGUGACAUGAAUACUCGGAUCGAAUGGCCACGAUUGCUGAUAAACGAUCAGACUACCCGAUUCUGCAGGAUGUUGGGUAUCGAUGAUCCUUCUGCUUUACUACAGAUUAUCACAAACACUACAAUGAAUAACAGUAGAUCGAGCGAAUUGUCGAUGGAGACAUCCGGCGAGUACACGCCAGAAUCCAUGGAUAUCUCAUUUGACGAGGAAAGUGUAUUCAGUUCCACCUUCGAGGAGAAUUCACACAAAUAUUUCGUCGACAACUCACCGACGAAUUUUUCUCCUAAGAGUGAUGGUGAUGAUUCGGAUAACGGGGAUAUGAGUAAAAGCACCUUGGACGGAACAGUUAAUAGCUCGACCACAGAAACCACUACAGAAAUUGCAGAUUCCGCUUCGAUGGACGACAGUAGCGAACAAACUGGUUGUGUUCAAACCGAGCCGAACUGCAAAAAGUUUAAACGUCGGAAUUAUUCUGUAUACUCUAGCACAGUGAGCACCCAAAGCAGACGGACUUCAUGUCUACGAGUGUUAUACGCUCCUAAGCGGCAUUUGGAUUGCACGCGGGGUGAUGAGGUGAGAAGAGUAGCGAAAGGCGGAGUCAAGUCGAAAAUCGGUCGAAAAGUGCAAAUCGUACCGAACUCUGGCAUUAAUCGAUCAAACGUCAUCCCAUCGCGAAAAAUGGACAAGUUAACUAUCAUCUCGGUGAUACUCUUCUUUCUCGCGGAUAUCUCCGCCAUAAUCAGCAUCUCCAUGCCAGACUGGAUCAUUACUGACGUCGGCGGUGAUACAAGAUUAGGUCUCAUGUGGUCAUGUAUGACUUUGUACAACAGACCACAAGUCUGUUUUAAAUCACAGCUGGAGUCAGAAUGGAUGAUGGCACUGGUCUGCAUAUUUAUUGGUUGCAUUCUGAUCACAGCAACCGUAAUAUUAUUGAUACUUUCGCAUUGGGACCGUACCGUCAUUCCAUUUGCACGUUGGGUAGGAUUCAGUGCCAUGAUACUGUUUUGUAACGCAGCAGUUAUAUUUCCAAUGGGAUUUCAUAUUAAUGAGAUUGGCGGGCAACCAUAUCAGUUGCCUAAUUCACAUCAAGUUGGAAUUGCUUACAUCUUGUUUGUUCUGGCUCUAUGGAUCACAGUAAUUUCCGAGCUUUUUGCAGGCAAAGUUUGUCUACCACAUUUUUAGCAUUGUUCCAUAGCAGAAAUACUUGUUAAUUAUCUUCUAUUGACAUUUACACUAAUAUUAUUCAGUAUCGUUUAUAUUCAUGAUACAUAAUUUUUUUCAUCUUACAAUAACAAUUUUAUAAAGCUUUAAUGGAGGUUGUAUUAAACUCUACUAUA